AAAAUAUUUUGUAAACAAAAAACAAAAACAUUCUGGUUAGCUUACAUCUGAUAUGACGGAUUAAAUUAAAUGUUUCAUUCAAAGAUGAGAACGUAGCGUUGGUUUAAAAAGGACCCAGUGCGCAUGCGCAGUGAAGACAACAACAGCCCACUACAGCAAAACAAUGGCGACUGCCGUGGAGAAUAUCGUUAAAGUACUUGGAGAACAGUACUAUAAAGAUGCUUUGGAACAGUGUCAUAGUUAUAACGCCCGGCUGUGUGCUGAGAGGAGCAUCCUAAUGCCCUUCCUGGACUCCCAGACUGGAGUCGCUCAAAGCAACUGCUACAUUUGGAUGGAGAAGAGACACAGGAGUGCAGGUACAGCACCAGGACAGCUGUACACAUAUCCCGCCCGGCGCUGGAGGAAGAAAAGAAGAGCUCACCCACCAGAAGACCCUGCGCUGGUUUUUCCUCCACUCAAAGCUGAAAGGAAUCUUUCCAAAGCUGAGCUGGAGCUGGGACUGAAAAAAGAUGUGUUGGGCCCGUUGGAUGGCAGCAGUCUGGAAGCCUUGCUGAAGGGAGAGCCGCUGGACAAAAGAGUGACCACAGAGCUCAGACCACCUGAGGAAGAAACCAGUCUGGCUGAGAUCACUGGAACCAGCACAGCCAGCAGCCACAGUGGCUCCACACGCAUCAGGAAGAGAAUCCUUGAGCCCGAAGACUACUUGGAUGAUCUGGACGAUGAAGAUUUUGAGGAGGAAACUCCAAAAAGACGAGGAAAAGGAAAGUCUAAGGGUCGAGGAGUUGGGAAUGGAAAAAAGAAAUUGGAAGCUGCUGCAGCUGCCCAGGAAGAUCGAGACAAACCGUAUGCUUGUGACAUAUGUGGGAAACGCUAUAAGAACAGACCAGGCUUGAGUUACCACUACACUCACUCUCACCUGGCUGAUGAGGAGGGCGAAGACAAAGAAGAACCUGAGAUUCACACACCUGCGCCACCAGAGGAACCCAAGACCCCUAAAAAAGGACCAAACGGCCUGGCAUUACCCAAUGACUAUUGCGACUUCUGCCUGGGUGACUCCAACAUGAACCAGAAAACAGGCCAGUCUGAAGAGCUGGUGUCCUGCUCUGACUGUGGACGUUCAGGACAUCCUUCGUGCCUGCAGUUCACUGCCGUGAUGAUGGCAGCUGUGAAGACGUACCGCUGGCAGUGCAUUGAGUGCAAGUGCUGCAAUGUUUGUGGCACAUCUGAGAAUGACGACCAGCUUCUGUUCUGUGAUGACUGUGACAGAGGAUAUCACAUGUACUGCCUCAGCCCUCCCAUGUCAGACCCUCCAGAAGGAAGCUGGAGUUGCCAUCUGUGUCUGGCUCUUCUGAAGGACAAGGCCUCCAUUUAUCAGAGCCAGAACGCCGCAAUGGAGUGACGGAGGAACCGUGACAACAGUCUACCUUGAAGAACGCGCAACCCUGACGUCCACGCAGAAACACAUUUAAACUGUUGUGGGACUUUUCUGAAUUAUGGAGAAGCGGGAAGAGAAAUCAUUGCCCCUAACAUCACCAUUGUUUUUGAUUUUUAUUUUGCUAUGACUGUUACACAUCAUGAGCAGUGUUUGAAAUUAAAGAGUGCACCGAGGACGCGUUUGAAAUGGAUUAUAUACACUUCAUGCAUUAUGUGCAGUAUUUCCACAUUCCUUCAUGUUAGGGCCAAUGGUUCAGAUGAUUAAACACCUGUUUAUGCAUUGCCAAAUAUAUUUUAUUUUUUCUUUAAUGCUCACUCAAGAUACAUUUGUUUACAUAGAGAAAACAUAUGGCUUAAUCCAUUAAGGAUGUUAUGUAUUUAAAUAUUCAUUUGUAUAAGAAAUGUAUCUGUUUAUCUUUGUUGUGUAUAUAAUUAUUUCUUGUAAGUUGUUCUUUCAGGAAGUAAUUGUGCCAAGGUCCAGAUUCAAAAACCAGAAGAUGGUGCUGCAUUUUAAUUUCAUUAUCAUAUCAUCAUGUUUUUCUGGAUUCACUCAUUAAUCCAUUUUAAUCCCACAAAAACACUCUCAUAAGGCGGGUUAUCUUUCAUAGUAGAAUUUUGUAUGUGAUAUAACCAAUAUCUAUUAUCGUUGACUAACCAUAUUGAAUUAUCGUGAGUACUGUAUCGUUUUUGUAUUUGUUUUUUGGUAAAUCAUGUCAGUUUGUAUUUGGUAUUGAAUGUAAAUGCUGUAUUUUUCUCUUUUUUAAUUUACAUUUUUCAUAUUGGCCUUUCCAUAAUAAACAUACAUGUAACAGAGGAAUAA